AUGAAAACAUUCCUGCUUGCCUUUGCUGCUGUGCAGAUCCUCUGCUGCUCAGGAGUGCCAAGCACCAAGGAAGCUCUGAGGGCUUCAGUUAUAAAGUUGAAUGAAAUCACCGAGAUCACCAACCUCUGUGGAGUCACCAGGGGAGGCGUGACAAAUACAUAUCGCACGGGUAAACUGUCCUACAGCGUGGAUUUAAUGUUCUCUGUGAAAGAAACUGUCUGCUCCAAGAAUUCUGGACAGGAAUUUGAUGAUCCCAGCUGCUCCUUCCGCCCUAAAAACAUUGCGGAGAAAGGCUUUUGCAAAAGCCAUGUGGAAUUUUUUGCUGAUAAGGUAGCUGACGUUGAUGUGGAGUGUGAUGGUCUGAAGACAGUUGACAGCGAGAGUGACUCAACAGAAUCGAGUGAAAACAGUAUUGAGGCACAAAGCAAAUCAAAAGAAACAUUGCCUGAGGAAACCUCAAAUAAAAAAGACAAAUCAAAAGAGACAUCUCUUGAAGACUCAGCUGAUGUAAAGAGCAAGUCAAAAGAGACAUCAGCAAAAGAGUCUUCCAAUAUGAAAAGCAAAUCAAUGGAAUUAUCACUGGAGGAGCCUUCAAAUGAACAAAAUGAGAAAUCGAGAUCCCGUCACUGA